UUUUCGUACUCCACUGCACUCGACCGCUGCUGAGUCUGAUAUCUGGGGCUGAACUUUUAGCACUUGAAAAACUUUAUUUUUCAUUUCACAGGAUUCCAUUCUUGUCUCUAAUCAUGAGCUCGCUACCAAAUAAUCCAGAGCUUCGUUUGAAUGAAAGGGGAGGCACCGUGGGUCCAUUUGGACGUCCAAGACCCCUUGCACUUGCUGCUGCCGCCCCGAGAACAGGAGGCAAGAAGACCCACCCUGGCAAAGCCAUUCUCGCAGGUGGUAUCGCUGGUGGAAUCGAGAUCUGCAUCACUUUCCCAACGGAAUAUGUUAAGACCCAACUCCAGUUGGAUGAGAGGGCUGCCAAACCUCUGUAUCGUGGCCCUAUACACUGCGUCAAGCUUACCGUCCAGGAGCAUGGAGUCAGGGGGCUAUACAGGGGUCUUAGCCCCCUUAUAUAUGGGUCUAUACCAAAGUCAGCUGUAAGAUUUGGAGCAAAUGAGGCCUUGAAAACAAGAUGGCGUGAUAGCCACAAUGGCACCCUAAGCAAGGCAGGUAGUCUUGUGUGCGGUCUAGGUGCAGGAGUGAGUGAAGCCAUUCUGGCCGUCACUCCCAUGGAAACUGUCAAAGUCAAGUUUAUCAACGACCAGACUUCAGCCAAGCCACAGUACAAGGGCUUCUUCCAUGGACUCAGGGAGAUUGUCAAGACUCAAGGUCUCCGUGGUACAUACCAGGGACUCUCAGCCACCAUCAUGAAGCAGGGUAGCAACCAGGCCAUCCGUUUCUUUGUCAUGGACUCACUCAGGGAAUGGUACCGCGGUGAUGACCCCAACAAGUACAUUAACCCUCUGAUCACUGCCUGCUUUGGAGGUCUUGCAGGGGCUGCUAGUGUGUUUGGUAACACGCCCUUGGAUGUCAUCAAGACCCGUAUGCAGGGUCUGGAUGCACACAAAUACAAGAAUACAUGGGACUGUGCAGUAAAAAUCUGGAAAUAUGAAGGGGCCAAAGCUUUCUACAAGGGAACACUCCCUCGCUUGUCCCGUGUGUGUCUGGAUGUCGCACUGGUCUUUGUAAUCUAUGAGGAAGUGGUGAAGGUCCUCAACAAGGCCUGGCCUACAGAAUAAAGACCAAGUCCUGGUUCUUCCCUAGCAGGUCUACUUGGACAAGAAUUGACUGCCAGAGAAAUGUAUGAAAAGAAAAGAAUGUGAAUAUUGGAUGGGUAAAGGUAAAUUAUAGUUUAGCUGUCAGAUUGUGUAGAACUUAAAUUGUAUUGUUCAGAGUGUAAUGCUCUAUUGACAUCAUUAUUGAAAGGAUCAUUGAGAUUGAUGAGUGUGUUCACAUUGAGGGAAUAAUAAUCAGAAAGGUAUAGAUUUCAAAUGCAUGAUACUGCACAUUUUCUUUGUGUAGUCUACAUGUGUAACUGUACAUGAUUAGUGGUGGUAGAAGGGGUUGUGCACAAUCUCUAAUUUAGAAUUACUCAAUCUUUUGUCCAUGUGAAUUUCCUCAUGUUUUAGUUGAUUGUGUGUGAGCCCUGUCAUGUAAGUUGUACUUUAAAAGGCACAAAUUGUACAGGUCCAAUUUUCUAUUGAAUGGUACUGGACUUUAUUUUGUUUUCAAGGAAUUUCAGGAUGUUAAGUUUCUUCGAGUCUCUUUCAUUAAUUUUGUGAGGUAUAAAAAGUAUCCCACUGAUUAUUUCUAAUUAAUUUUGUUUCUGUAAACGAAAAAAAAUUAUUGUGGUAAAUGUUUGUUGUAAGGUAAUGGAAAAAAAUUUCAUUAAAUAUGUUUGUUGAUAUAUAAGUGUGGAAAUGUAAACUAAUAAUUAUCUUUAUAGGUUAUAUAUUUGACCCUUAAUCAUUAUAUAAGGCUAAAUGUAAACAGCAUGAUUCUUGUUGUUGGGUCUCUUUAACACAUUCCAAAUGUAGUUUUCAUUUAAGGUAUUGUUUUUAUUUAUCUGCUAAUAUAUUCUUAAAUAUUUCACUCAUGAUUGUUUUUUUUACCAGCACUUUUCAGGGGGAAAUGCAAAUCAUAUACGGCUGUACAAUAGAAACAAUUUAAAACCUUAUGAUAAGAUUGCACUUAUUAACUACGCCUGACAAUGUUGACAUUAUUAAUAUAAUCCUCAAAAGAGUGCUUAUUGUAUGCAACUCAAUUCAACUUAAUGUUGAAUUAAAAUAUAAAGGCAUAGGCCCGUAUUCUGAAGUCGGGUGUAACUUAAACUCAGGUUUAAAGUUGUGGUUUAAGUAUGGACAGCCAAUUGUCACAUAAUCACUAACAGUUAGGAUAUCAUACUUCAGCUCAUUCGGUUCUCAUAUCAUUUACUAAUUGUGUAGAAAGUAUAAAUAAAUGAUUGUCUUCAUCAUCGAUGAAUCAGGAAAUAGCACAGUAAACAUAAGAAACA